AUGAAGACUGUCAUUACCCACCAUUCGAAUGGGACUCUUCCCACAAACGGUAUCCCAUUGCUUCUACAAAUGGAGAGUUGGCAGAUUCGCUACAUCCAAUAUAUCGAAUAUCUGACGUUGUUUUUGUGUUCCCUUCCCGCUUUGAUUAUCGAGAUUAUGAAUUUCAAAGUUGCGGUGAGGCGGAAAGAGAAAGCCAAACCCCCGAAAGUGGUAAUUAUUCACAUGGCAACGUGGGUUGGAAACUUGUCGGCGAUUGUGGUUUACGCGUUUUAUGUUGUGAUUAUAUGGCGGCCAUAUCCAGGUAGGGUAUUUUGGCAUCCAUUUUGGUUACUUGUCGUGAAUUGGGGGAAAUGACGAUUUCCAUCAGGCAUAAGCUCCAGUUUUCCUUUUCUUUCAGUCCGAAUCCAUUCCAACGGUUGGAUUAUGUACUUCCUUGGCACUGGCGUGUAUGACGGAAUUGCAAUUUCCGGAAUGUGUAUUGCCUUAAUGAUCCUAGAUCGGACAAUUUUGCUGGUGAAUCCAAAUUAUCUUGAUGUCACCCGACUUCCCAAGAUCUUUUAUCGAAUUUGGGUGGCUUUUGUUGUAGUCGUGUUGCUCGGAACUGGCAUUUUCGAAUUCCCUCUUGAAUGGGAUAGCUGUAAGUUGGGCCCAGAAGAGAUUUUGAGGUUUUAUGUUCCAGCAAGUUUGACUUUUUACGAAUUCGUUCCGGAGUACCAUAUGUGGGCCCUAAUGGCUGGCCGGGUUCUUAUUGGGAUCGUGAAUUUGUGCCUCUUUCUCCGUCUCGUCGCCGCUGUGCGUUCCCAUUAUUCGCAUUUCGAAAACCGCGACGAACUCGCAGAGAGAGUCUUGAUUGUGGCGACAAUUUUUCAAGGGAUUCAUGGGGUGUUGCCACAAAUGGUCCGGUUGUUUUUUCAGUACUUCCUUCCAAAAUACUUGUACUUUGUCCACAUUUAUAAUGCUCUUGGACUGUCGCUGGAGAGUGUGGUAACGGUGCACGCGCAUUGGAAAGUGUUGAAAGAUAUGAAGAACAGUGUUAUCCCGCAGAGCGCUAAGCCACCGCAACGGGGCUCUACUCACUUCAGCACUCCGUACGAUUGA